CUCAGCGGCGGGCAGCAGCAGGUCAUGUUGUCCGCGCGGCGGGAGACCUGCCCGCGUGUCACCUUCAGCGGAGCGGGAACUGCGACGACUCGACCACCUGACACGGUGAUGGGCGGGGAGGCGUGUCCUCACAAGCUGGGAUCAACCAAUCACCUUCGACUUCUCCUCUACAUCGUCAUCCCCACUGUGAGCCUCCUGGCCGGACUGCUGCUGCUCAUCCUGGCCCUCACAGGUAUAUUUGGCAGCAGCCUGUUGGACUCCAGCCCCCUCCCCUCGCCCAGGCCUGUCGCCGACAGCGACCCCGGUUACAGCGGCAACAGCACAAACCCCGCCCCUUCCUUUGAGGCAGAAACCGUCACGUCAUCGCCGCAAAACCAGAGCGGCGAUGACAUCACGUACCACAGCGAGAGCACACCUGCCGCGACCACCGGCGCCCCUCCACUUUCCUCCUCUAAGGCCACGCCCACCCAGCCCUACACGAAGCCUCCUGAUUGGCUGACAUCUGUGACAUCACUGAGCACCACUUGGCUGAUGAGCACCACCCUGGCACCUGAUACAGGCAGCUGUCAGCUGAUCGUGGAGCCUCAGUGUCACAUGUUGCCCUACAAUCAAACAUGGCUGUCUUCCUCCGUCUCCGUGGUGAAAAGCUCAGAGGUGGACAUGUUGCUAAGGUUCUUCAGCUACCUCAGCAGACUCUCCUGCUACAGACACAUCAUGCUGUUCGGCUGCUCGCUGGCGCUGCCCGAGUGUGUCGCCACCACCGCCGCCACGCACAACAGACAGCUCGUGUUGCCCUGUGCGUCGUUCUGCGAGGCGGCGAGGGAAGGCUGUGAGCCCGUCCUCCAGAUGUUCAACGCCUCCUGGCCCGACUUCCUGCGCUGCUCUCAGUUCAGCAACGUCACCUCCGCUUCGCCGCCGCCAUCAUCAUCACCGUCAUCAUCAUCGCCCACGACAACAGCAGGUCCUGCCCCUCCUACCUGUUACACACCGCGACAGAUCAAAGGGAAACCAUCUGUAUGCGGUGGGAAGGACCACUUCCUGUGUGCGACAGGGAUUUGCGUCCCCCAGAAACUGGUGUGUAACGGCUACAACGACUGUGACGACUGGAGCGACGAGACACACUGCGUCUGCAGAGAGGGAGAGUUUCGCUGUAACACCGGCCGGUGUCUCUCGCCCGCUCUGGUGUGUGAUGGUUAUGACGACUGUGGAGACCUGAGCGACGAACUCAACUGUGUGUGUGACCUGAGUCGUGAACAUCGUUGUGGUGAUGGUCGCUGUGUGUCCAGAGACUGGUUGUGUGAUGGAGACCACGACUGUCUGGACAAGACGGACGAGCUCAACUGCUCCUGUAAGAGUCAGGGUCUGCUGGAGUGCAGGAACGGUCAGUGUAUUCCCUCUGCGUUUCGUUGCGACGGAGAGGACGACUGUAAAGACGGCAGUGACGAGGAGCACUGCAGCAGAGAGCAGACUCAGAGUGUGUGUGUUCCCGGUCAGCCCAGCUGUAUCUCCACUUCCUGUCCGUCAGUGUGUGCGGGGGGCAACGCCGCCUGUGACCCCCGCAACAACAACAAUAACUGCACUCGCUGUGAGCCCAUCAGUCUGGAGCUGUGCAUGAACCUGCCCUACAACCUGACCAGCUACCCCAACUACCUGGGUCACCUGUCCCAGAGGGAGAGCUCCGUGUCCUGGGAGUCCUCGCUGUUCCCCGCCCUGGUCCAGACCGGCUGCUACCAGUACCUCAUGUUCUACGCCUGCACGCUGCUGGUGCCCAAGUGUGACCCGGUCAGCCUGCAGAGGGUCCCGCCCUGCAGGUCGUUGUGUCGUAGUGCGAAGGAGAAGUGUGAGUCGGUGCUCGGCAUUGUGGGAUUGCAGUGGCCUGAGGACUCGGACUGUAGUCAGUUUCCGGAGGAGGCGGGAAACGCCACCUGCCUGCUGCCGGAGCCCGGCGUCGACGAGUGCUCCCCCAGCCACUUCAAGUGUCGGUCGGGACGCUGCGUCCUGGCGUCCAAACGCUGCGACGGACACCUGGACUGUGACGACCACAGCGACGAGGACAACUGUGGCUGUUCUGAGCGCGCUCUGUGGGAGUGUCCCGGCAGCAAGGUGUGCAUCAAAGCCAGCAUGAUCUGUGACGGCUUCCCAGACUGCCCCCUGCUGGUGGACGAGACCAACUGCUCCGUGUGCAGAGACAACGAGCUGUCCUGUAACAACCACCAGUGUGUCCAUCGGACUCUGUGGUGUGACGGGAAGAAGCACUGUUCAGACAGUUCUGACGAGUGGAACUGUGUGUCUCUGUCUGAUCGAUCAGGUUCUGUAUUGACGGUGUUCAGGACGGCAGCAGAGUAUCAGGUCUGUGCAGACGAGUGGAACCACGAGCUGAGCAAACUGACCUGCAACCAGCUGGGGCUAGGGGUUCCCUCUGUUUCCAUGGUACCCGACCAGCCUGGAGUCCCAGGCCGUCGCCGUUGGUUACACGUCCACCCUGAGUGGAACCUGAGGAACGGUUCUGCUCUACAGGCCCGACUGGAGAAGAGAAGUCAUGCGUGUCAUUCCAGGAGCAGAGUGUCAGUGCUGUGCACCAGAGAAGAGUGUGGUCUCCGCCCGGCGGUGGGCGUCUACCCCCACAGGAAGAAGAGGAUUCUGGGAGGGCGUGUGUCCCGGCGGGGGGCGUGGCCGUGGCAGUGCUCGCUGCAGAGCGGGCAGAGCGGACACGUGUGCGGCUGCGUCCUGAUCGCCCGGCGGUGGGCUCUGACCGUCGCACACUGCUUUGAGGGGAGAGAGAGCGCCGAGCUGUGGAGGGUGGUGCUGGGUCUGAACAACCUGGACCACCCAGGUGUUCACAGCCAGAGCCGCGGGCUGCGCUCCAUCAUCGUACACCCGCGCUACAACCGGGCGGUGGUCGACUACGACAUCAGCGUGGUGCAGCUGGACUCCGAGGUGGAAGAGACGGCGUUCGUCCGGCCCGUGUGUCUGCCGCAGCUCGACCAGCUGCCGUCACCUGACUCCUACUGUUACAUCACAGGCUGGGGUCACAUGGGCAACAGGAUGCCCUUCAAGCUGCAGGAGGGGGAGGUUCGGAUCAUCUCUCUGUCUCAGUGUCAGUCGUACUUCGACAUGAAGACCAUCACUCCCAGGAUGCUUUGCGCCGGUUAUGACGCUGGAACCGUUGACUCCUGCAUGGGCGAUAGCGGCGGUCCGUUGGUGUGUGAGGAGGACGGCGGUCGCUGGACAUUGUUCGGCCUGACGUCGUGGGGCAGCGUGUGCUUCAGUAAAGUUCUCGGACCUGGAGUUUACAGCAACGUGACGCACUUCACCCCCUGGAUCCAACAACAGAUCUACAUCCACACAUACCUGAGCGACUAACACACACACACACACACACACACACACACACGCCGUUUCAUUCCAGGAGGAAAUAUGUCAUCGUUAGUCACACACACCAUCAGUUCCUCUACCUGUGCCUAUAUCUAUACUGAUAGCCUUCAGAUGCUAACUGCUAACUAAGCGGUGGUAUAAACUCGUAUUACAGAUGCUAACUAGUUAGCCGGUAGAGCUGUUGUUGUUAACCAGUAGACGUCACAUUCAUACGAUUUAACUUCAGUUAUUAAACACCGAGUUAUUAUUUCUGUGAUUUCUGUUCCUCGUCAGUGUCGAGUUUGUGGCUCAGAAACACGUCGUUAAUUGGAGUUAUUAUUUGUUUAUUUGUAGUUUAGUGGCAGAAACUCGGAGGAAAAACUGUCUGAUCAUUUUCACUUUAACAAAACCGUUCAUUUAAUUAAUCUAAUUAUAAACAGGAAGUCAGUUUAUUGUUGCGUUAACUCUCUCCUAAGAGUUCAAACUUUGAAUCAUCGUUAAAACUUUGUCACAAAGUUCAGGCGUUCAGCGCUGAAGAAGCUGCUAGCUAAAACAGAGCAGCUGAGCACUCAACAUCCCACAAUGCUUCACUCUAUAGUGCCUGUACUUAAACCUAGCAGUAAAAAAAACAACGUGUUACCUGUACAAUGUCGUACUGUACGUGCGUGAGUGUGAAACAAAGAGUGAUGGACAGAUGUUUUUGGGUUUUUUUGCUUCCACACACACCGGCGACGUUUGACGGCAACUCUGUUUUUCUUUCUCAGCAGCCGGCCAUUUUGGAUUUACAGUUUAAUUCUCACAGAACGUCUUUUAUCUUGUGCUGUUACGUCUUAUUUUGAAAUAUAUUUAAAAGAUCUCUUCUCUCAGGGCUUCAGGAGCUCGAUCAUAAAUUUAACCCCAUAUUAACAUCUAUAACCAGUUUAUAACCAGUUUAUAACCAGUUGAUAAAUGGUUUCUAACAGAUUUUAAUGCAGCUUGACAUGUUAAUGUAUUUGCUCACUCUAACUCCUGCUGUGGAAAUGGAGGCUGAUGUGUAAAACUAUAAUGAACAAAAAGUAAAACAGCUGUAAUAACAUAGAUAUGUUUCAAAGAACAAAUACUAACCAAAGAUUUAAUUAAAACUCAAAUGUCCUCUCUCACUUAAAUGGUUAAUUACACAUUUGCUGAUUAUAAAUGACAAACAAGGUGCGUUAAAGUAUUAUUGUCACUAUUUAUCAUAAAUUUAAAAGUCAAAAUAAAGCACAGAAAAAGAAAAUGAAUCAAAAUUAAAAAGAGGUUAGCUUAACUGUAGCAUAAUGCUAAUGCAGAGAAUGGAUGAGUGUUGAUUCAUGAUGUUAGCAGUGAGAAAAUUAGCUUUAGCUGUUCAUUUAGAUUUAAAAGAAGCUGGUUUAGAUAGCUACCUAGCUAUUGCUUACGUUAGCUAGCAGACUCGCUAACACAAACGAUUAACUGCCAAAUUAGCGCAAGCUAGAAUAUGAAGCACAAAUGUAGUGUACUGACAUUAAUCAGUGUAUUUUAAUAAUGUUCGCAGGUGCCAGUAGAAAGCUACAUUAACUUUAGCUACGUGUCUAUGAACCAGUUUGUUCCACUUGUGUAGCAGUUUUAACAGUUAGCUUAAUUAGCAGGCUCAGCUAAUCCAGAGAAGUAGCUAAAAAAAUCAGUUCCACAGCUAACUGCUAAAGUUUCUCUGGUUUGAUGUGAAUGAAGUAAAUUAUCUUCCUCAGUGUUCUUCUCAUUUUCUUUUAGUCAAACUUAAAGAAAAUUCAAUUCAAUUGUAUUUUUAAGAUAAUGCAUUCGCACUCAUGUUCGUUUCUCCAUGAACUACUGAAGUCUGCCGUCAUGGUGACAGACUGUGACAUUAAACAACUGUUAACAGCAUUUAACAAACCUUUAUGGGAUUUCAAUACAAAGUUGUUUCAAGGACAAAAUCUGAAAUAGAUCCAAAUAUCUCUGUGUCUUAACUGUUUUAAAUACGUUAAUAUGUGAACAUAGUUUAUUAGUUCACGCUGAUUUAAAUUAAUUAGAAAGCAAAACUUUAUUUCUACAGCACAUUUCAUUCCAGCUGAGCAAAGCACCAAUAACUGAGUGUGAAGAUAAAACAUUAGACUAAUUAAAACAAACACAUAAACGAUGCGUAUGAAUUAAAAACCAUUAAGAAAAUAAAAUAAUUAAGACCGAUUAGUAAAAAAGGUGUGUAAAUUAAAGCUAUUAGAAACCAAUAAAAGUAAAAAAAACAAGCAAUUAAUAAAUAAAUUAGUGAUAAUGUUAAAUUUAGUGCCACUUCAUAAUUUGUGGCCACAAAAGACGUUUUUCUGAAUCUUUGUUUUGCUUCCUGUCGCCUGUGUGCGUCAGAAUUCAUUUAGAAAUACAGAGAGCUUAACGGGAUAAAUAAUCACAUUUUAAUAUCAGCCUUCACUUAAAGGGGCGGAGUCAGAGAGCCUGACAGCGGCAGGGUUGCCCAGCGUGUUGCCGGUGUGUCGUCCAUGCUACAGUCCAAUGACAUCCAGAACAUUCCAGGUCGUCGUCGCUGUUUUGUGUGUUUGGUUUUUUAAGAGUAUUUUUCUACAGCUUUUUGUAUGUCAUGCUUCUUACACACGGCUGUUGGUGUGUAUGUGUUCGUGUGUGUAUGUGUGUGUGUGAACAUACAGUCACAUGUACAGACUGUGUGUUUGUAUGUGAUUUGGCUCGUGCGUGUGUUUCUGAUGUCACUUCCUGAUUUAGCUGUUUCAACUUAAUUACCAUGAUGAUGAUGAUGAUGAUGAUGAUGAUGAUGAAGAGUGUUGUUGUUUGAUAUGGAUUUAAAUGCUUUAUGAACAGACUGUAGCCUCUAAUGUUUCUGUAAACAGUGAAUAUUUGGUUUGUAUCACCUUGUAUCGCACCAAUAAAACUAUACACACACUCCUGUCUCUGUGUGUGUGUGUGUGUGUGUGUGUGUGUGUGUGUGUGUGACUCACAGUCUGUGUGCAGACCUGUCAUUGUCAGUCUGUUUCCACUUCCUCUGCUGCACAUAUA